AAGACCUUUUAUCAAUAGUGCAUGAAUUUAAUGUAUUGAAUACAGAUUACUUGGUAUUACCGAGUGCAGUCCGUUUAUAAGUGCAGUGAUUGUACAGUUCAAAUAAAUAUAACAGCAAGCAAUGUAUAAAAUAUAAAUAAAUAACUACUUAGAUUUAUUGUGUAAAAUAAGCACGUUUUCUUUUUAAAGUUUGCGUAGGUAAAUUUGUAACGCAUCAGUGAUCGUUUUACCUGGAAGUGACUUAUAAUUUAUGGAGGCCAGGAAACGUUUAGUUCAACGGGAAAGUCAUAAAAACAAAGUUUUUAUAAAGCGUUGUUUCCAAUUGCGCUAUUGAACAUUUUGAAUAUAGUAUGUCUAAUAUUUUAGUCCCUGUGGCUGAAGAUAUCUCGUGUUAAACCUUUCUAUAACAUUUGUUUGUGUAAUCAAAAGUUUUCCAAUAAAGAGUGAAUGAUAGUUAGAAGAUGAAUACAUUGGCCAAGGUUCUGGCCAACUCUGUGCCUACUCUGUAUGAGAAGCAUGGCCCGUCGACAUCAGAAUGGACACCGCUGAUCAACAAACCUAGAGCGUUUUCUAUUUCUUCAGUAUUCGUGAUACCACAACGAUGGGUGAUGGCGGUGAUGGGUUUCCUAGCUGUGGCUAACGCGUACACGAUGCGCGUGUGUCUUAACAUCGCGAUCACGCAGAUGGUGCGCCGGCGCGCGCACUCGGCCGGCGUCGACGACGGGUCCUGCCCCGGCGAUAUUGACGUCAUCACAAGUGACGACACGGAGAUAAGCGGUUUCGACUGGGACGAAGAGACUCAGGGCAUCAUUUUGAGUUCGUUCUACUACGGGUACAUAGUGACGCACUUACCUGGUGGCAUGCUGGCCGAGAGGUUUGGAGGGAAGUACUCCUUGGGUUUCGGAGUGCUGAGCACUGCUGUGUUUACUCUCCUCACUCCGUGGACCGUCAAUAUGGGAGGCGCCACUGGAUUGAUCGUGCUCAGAGUCUUGGAAGGCCUUGGGGAGGGCACCACAUUCCCCGCCCUAAACGCGAUGCUAGCACGCUGGGCGCCGGUAUCCGAACGAGGGCGGAUGGGUUCUCUAGUCUUCGGAGGCGCACAGAUCGGCAACAUUGCCGGCACUUACUUGUCCGGGCUGGUGAUGAAGGAGACUGGUGGCUGGGAGUCCGUGUUCUACUUGUUCGGGGCUAUUGGAAUACUCUGGUUCAUUCUUUGGGCGCUCCUAUGCUACAACGACCCGGAGUCGCACCCGUUCAUCUCGGACAAGGAGAAGAAGUACCUAGAGGAGGCUCUCGGCAGACAUCAGAACAGUCAGCCCUCGGCAAUACCCUGGAAAGCCAUCUUCAUGUCAGUCCCGCUUUGGGCGCUAGUUUGUGCACAGAUUGGCCACGACUACGGCUACUUCACGAUGGUGACAGACCUUCCAAAGUACAUGACGGGAGUCUUAAAAUUCGACAUCCACCGUACAGGGACCCUGGCCGCGUUGCCGUACGUGGUAAUGUGGAUCAGUUCCAUCGUCUUCGGAUGGAUGUGCGACAAGAUCGUCAAGAGGAACUGGCUUACCGUCACCAAUGCUAGGAAGACCUUCACUACUAUUGCAUCUGUGGGCCCAGGAAUCUGCAUGAUCCUGGCUUCCUACUCAGGCUGCAACGCGGAGACCGUGGUGAUCCUAUUCACUGCCUCCAUGGGUCUGAUGGGGGCCUUCUACCCUGGCAUGAAAGUCAAUGCCCUGGACCUGAGCAGCAACUAUGCUGGGACUAUCAUGGCGAUUGUCAACGGAAUUGGAGCCAUCACUGGUAUCAUUGCGCCGUUCUUGGUUGGACUGCUUACUCCUGAUAGCACACUAGUCCAAUGGCGUUUAGUUUUCUGGAUAACGUUGGCCGUGUUCAUUCUCACGAACCUAGUAUUCGUUGCGUGGGCGUCAGGAGACGAACAGUGGUGGAACAAAACAUCCCAGGACCCCAAGAAACAACAAGAAGUCGAAGCCAACCGCUCAGUCAACGCAGAAGUGAAAUUGUAAGACAGAGACGGACUAUUUAGGAAUUAAAUUACAUAUGAGUGAGAAGGAUGAAUAGAAAUUUGUUCAUACAGAUUUAAGAGGAAUUAUGAAUUUCGAAUACUCGAAAAGUACAAGUCUUUUUGUAGAACCGUUUGAGAUUCUCCGAAUCAGCCAGUGUUGUGAUAGUGAUAUUGUAAAUAGUUAUCGAUAUCGGCAUACGUAACCUAAUUAUUAAAAUAAUCGAUUACGCUGAAAUCGAUAUUAGAUAGGACAUGUUUACGUACUCCUAUUGUUAUUUAAGACUAACUUGUUGAAGAUUGUACCUAUAGUAAGUAAGUAGUGUUAUUUAAAAAGUAUUAUAAUGUGAAUAAAUGGAAUUAAACAAUGUUACGUAUCUCGAAUAGACGGAGGCACUUUCUAAAUAUGUAUUUUGUUCACUUAUGAAUUGACGUGUGAAAUUAAACAAGAAAGGCUGUGAGCAAAUUGUAUUUAGAUAAUUUUAGCUUACAUAUUAGGUUUCGAAGUGCACUCGUGCCAUUUCAAAGAUCUGUAUUGUUACAUGAAUACAUUAAAGUUUUAAUACUUUCCCGCCUUAUUACAAAAUUAAGACUAAAUAUAAUUCCAAAUGUAAAUAAAAACCGCGCCACGAAAGAAGUAAAAAAAAAACAAAAAAAAAAGAAUAAGAAGAAGUUUAUUAAAGAAGUCUCCGCCGCGGCGCUAGUGUCGCAGAUUCUGCAUAGAACGAUUAUAACUUGUCAAUUAGUUCCAUUAAAAUCCAUGGUCUUCAUCAUGGUGCGGCCUGUAUAUUAAACCUGUAGAGCUGUCAUGCGCAAUGUGAUACGUACAAUGUAAUUUUAUCGAUUCUGACGACAUAAUUGUCGUUUUGUCGAUUGGUGCUAAUGUGUGAACCCAAAUAAAUCAUGUCGUUCUGUCAAAGUACGAUAUGACGCGGCAAGCAUGUUAGAGAAAAAAACAAACUUAUCGAUUUCGACAAAAUUUAUUGAAUCGAUCGAUAGUUUUAUUACGUUGCGCAUGUUAGCCCUGAUGGUAUUAGUCUUCGUUUUGUAAUGUAGUGGUAAAUAACUACUGUAAACUAAUUUUAUUAAUAUUCGGUUAUACGGUCACGAGCAUUAAUAUGUAUGUAUACACUUUGGUACCAUGUCACAUUAACUUUUUUGACAAAUUGAACUGUAAGUCUCACUAAAUGUCAAAUAUGUUAGUGCGACAGAGUCCUAAAGUGGGUACAUUAAAUUGCUCAUAACUGUACUAUAAAUGAGGCUAAUAAUACCUAUCUGUAGCAAUUUUAAAUAAAAGUAUUACACUCGAUAAAAAUCGAUUCCAAAGAGGAAUAAAAUGUGUGUGACUCUGGCCACAAUCAUUAUUGAAUAGUGUUUUCAUUAUAGAAAUGUUUAAUAGGCAUUUAAUUAGUGCCCUUCUCUAGCCGAAUAUUUAUGAAGUUAUAAAUAUGAAUGUGUGUCUUCAAAUUAGGUAAGCGGACCCCGUCAUAACAGGAUAACGCUGAACAAGAAACGCGGGAGAAAGAUGAAAAUGAUGAUAAAUAUGAAUGUGUGCAGAUGUGAACCGAAUUCUUUCCAAAAGCUGUAUGUACGUAUGUAUAAUAAUCAUACAAUGGCCCUGAUUCCUGCAGAUACCUAAUUUUAUUUUAAGUUAUACCUGACAUUUUCUUAUCCGCCGAAAAGGAAAGGGACGGGUAAUCGGCAAGCAUAAAAUUUAUGGAACACACGUCAAUUUGAGGCAGAAAUUCUAAACAACCCGCUUGAAAUUUU